AUGUCUAGUUCCAAAGGAAUAUUUCUAGAUGUUGAUUCUAGCAUUGUCGAAAAUAACUUACGUUUUACUCAAAAUGAAGCAGAAGACGAGUUGGGCAAGCUGUUUGGAAAUAUUGAACGGGAUUUCCCAUCCAAACUUGUAAAGCCACAUCCAGGAUUUUGCGUAAAAACCAAGGAAAUUGGAACCAAUACAAAAGUUUUCGUUAACAUUUGCACCACAGAUGCUAUUCCGGCACCAAAGGAUAUUUCUGAAGCGGAACUACAGAAAUUUAUUGAAUUAGAAGAUGCUUCUGGUUUCAGAGUUCCCAUGAGUAUUGGUGAAAUUCGCACGGAGAAAGACAAAAAAGGAGGGGACGCUAAAGCUUGCGAUGUUGCCAUACAUCCGUCUUUCUUUAAGAAAGUGGAAACACAGCAGACUUUCAAAAACUUUUUCAUGGCGGUAGUCUUUCAAGGAUUAGAAGACAAAUAUGGUUUAGUUUGUCACGAGGACAAACUCAUUUUAGCCAACCGAAAAUGCUUCGGUACCCUUCAAAUGCACCGAAUCCAACAAAGAGAGAUCGCAGAGAAAAUGGGAAAACUCAACGACAGCAAAUCGGCUAUUAGUGAAUUGACUGGCGAACAAGGUAAAGAGAAGAAAGUUAUGAUUGAAACCAUUUCUUCUGAAGAAUUUAAGGCCAGAGAGCCGGAGUACAGAAUUUAUAAGAAAAAUAACGGCAGUAAUAGCAUAACUGGAGAAUUUAAACUACCUGACAUUAUAUCAGCUAACGAAUUGACUUUGGAUAUAGGAGAAGAUCGCAUUUUGUUAGAAUCAAAAUCUAAGGGAUACUUGCUUAAUGUUUUCGUUCCAUAUUGCAUUAGAAAUGAAAAGUGCAAUUCGUCUUUUAAUACAGCAUCGAGGAUCUUAACUGUCAACAUGCCAUUAAUAGGAGGUUAAGAAGAUUAUUACAUAGAUAAUUUGGCCUUUACCAUAAUAAGUCAUUAUUUAAGGAAUAGUAUUGUUAUGUAUACAAUAAAAUUGUCUUCAGAAUAAAGUUUUUGAUGCACUAUUUCUCA